AUGCUCCGCCUCCUCUUCUACCUGUUUGCUGUGGUGGCGCUGCCAGGUGCUGCUCCACAGGAAUUUACCGUUUCCUCAGAGUUCAACAUCAGCUCGUGUCCCAUCACAUAUUUUGGACAGAAGUACGAACGUCUCUAUGUGAAUUUCACAAGUGAAAACUUUGUGAUCUGUUUCAACGGAUUCUACGACCCUCAGAGCAAAGGCAACUGUGUGCUGGGACCAAAGGUUGAGGUUCUGGUGGACGGUGUCAAAGUCCAGUCAAUGAAUCUAUCAAUCCCUUUUGGUAAUGGCAACUUUGCAGCAUUCGCAGACUUGACUGGCUGCAGACACUCAGGUGUCGUUUAUAAACCAGGCGACACGGUGAGCUCUGAUCCUGAAACCUGUGACAAUCUCACCUGUUCUGAUGUCGGCGUCCUCCAGACAUCCAGCUGUGGGCCUCUGGAGCGUUGUCAAGGCAACGGAGUCUGCUCCUCUGGCUCCCCGUUGGGCUCCAGCUGCACUGUGACGGGUCCCGCUGUCAUCGGCUUCCAGGGCCAGCAGAAGUCUGUGGAGGAUCGCUGUUCCUACUCCCUGCUGAGGAUCCCAUCGGUCCCAGGAUUCCAGGUUCUGGCCCGCUUCCAGGAGCGGCGGCGUAGAGACGUGAGCUUCCUGGACAGCGUGACGCUGCGCCUGGACGGGCCGGGCGCUCACAUUCACCUGAAACAAGGAGGCAGGGUUCUGCUGGAUGACUCGCCGCUGACCCUCAACAGCUCGGUUCAGACGGUUGGCGGUGUGAAGCUCUCUAAGGACCAAACUGGAGUCACCGCCAAGGUGUCGCUGUCCAACUUCACCGCUUCUGUCUUCUUUGACGGCUCCUCUGCACUGAUCCACCUGGAAGGAUCUGCUGGACAGUCUCUGCAGGGUCUGUGUGGAAGCUCCAGCAGCUCUGUGAGUGAGGAGAGGCUCUCUGAGGAGAGCUCCUCCAGCUGUGAGAUGCAGUACUCCGAUAGUAAUGACAGCACCAUCGACUGCACCAAGAUGACUGAACGCUGUAACCUCCUGAAGGAGGCACCCUUCUCCUCCUGUCACAUCGACCCAGAGCCCUUCAUCACCGCCUGCACACACACUUUGUGCAGCUAUCCUGAUCUGGACGGCCUCAGGUGUCAGUUCCUGGAGGCCUACGCCAGAGCCUGCAGCCUGGAGAGCAACGGCACACUGGAGGACUGGAGGUCCAAGGCUGAGUGCUCGCCCCCUGGGGGCUUCUGCCAGGACAGGACCUGCAGCGAUCAUGAGUUCUGUGGAGAGAAGAGUGCUGGUGGAGAAAGUCGCUGCUUCUGUCGGGCCAUUUUUGCCUCCAAGUACAGAGAGAUCAAGUCUUUCGGUGAUCCAGCCAUCUGCAGCCAGAACUCUGCUUCUCUCACUCUGGUGGGUUGUCUCCUGGAGGACGAAGGCCUCGACUACUCUGCCUUGCAGCUCAAAGAGCCGACCUGCAAAGGUCAGAUAGAUGAGCGGACCCACAUGGUGACUUUCACCUUCAACAGCACCAACCUCUGUGGGACGGAGGUCACGACCAACAACAGCCAAACCAUCUACAGGAACACCAUCAUGUCACAGAACCUCUCUUCUGACGGCAUUACUCGCCAAGACCAGGUCUACAUCGACUUUUCCUGCAUUGAGACCCCGCCGGACACAGAGACUGUGGCUUUCAGAAUCAAAGACAGAGCUGUGGUUCAUGUCAUCUCAUCCGGACCUUGGAAUUACUCUCUGACCAUGAAGGCCUUCAUGGACGCCGGCCGAACACAAGCUGUGGAUUUGAACACCGAGGUACGGCUGAACCAGAAGAUCUGGGUGGAGCUGGACACGGACGGCCUGAAUGAAGACCUGGUUGCUGUGGUAACCGACUCCUGCUGGGCGACAGACCGAGCGUCCCCCACUGCUGGACGUAGAUAUUACCUGAUCAAGAACGGCUGUCCAAACUCUGAGGACCAGACAGUGAAGGUGGAGGGAAACGGAGAGGGAACCUCCAACUUCUUCUCCUUCAACAUGUUCCAGUUCUCUGGAAGCUCUGCUGAAGUCUACCUGCACUGUAAACUGCAGCUGUGUGUCAAACAGGGGAAUGUCUGCAUCCCGACGUGUGAUGGAGCUCGGAGACACAGAUCAGUCAGGUCCAGACCUGGAGCUUCUGCCUUCAUCAGCAUGGCCUGGACCACCUAGGUAACACUCAGCCCUGCUACUGCAGGUUCUCAUAAUUAGUCCUUUUC